CGGGUCGGCGUCGCGCACCAAGACCGAGUUUAGGAAGGAGGAGAAGAGCCGUGUGGCGCGCCGGAUUCCCUUAUCGCUGCCAUGGUGGGUUCCUGCUGAAGUCAGUUGUUCUCAAGCUGCCAUAAUGGAUGGAUGGACCGACAUUCUCAAUCACACUCAAAAUAUUCUACUUCACCUCUCGACUGGUGGUAUGAAUCCCGGCAAAGGCGGCGGCAGCAACAACCCCUCUGGCUAUGGCGCCCCGCCCAUGGGUUUCAGGAUGCCCCCGCCAGGACCCGGAAUGCCUCCCCGCCUGCCGCCCCCCAGCUUCAUGGGUCAGGGGGGCGGCCCAGGCAUGCCCCCAGCCUUCAACGUCCCUCCGCCAGGCUUCUUGAACUCCUUCAGUCAAGCCGGGGCAGGUGACCCGGGUAACAGUGCCGUCAUUUCCGCUGCGCCCCAGCUCAACACUCCCCCUGCCAGCAACUCCCCCGCUGCCGCCGCCCCCCCCAGUGUGGUCUCGCCUGCCGACCCAACCCAGGGGGCCAUGCCAGCCACCACGCCCCCUGCCAACAUUGCCAUGCCCUCCACCCCAGCGCCUGCCUUGCCCGCCUCUGCGCCUGUCGCUGCCGCCGCCGCUGCUGUGGGGGCCCCUGCUGCAGCCGCUAAGCCAGACGCAGCGUCCGCCACCAAGGAGAAGAAGAGCGUGUGGACGGAACACAAGGCCCCCGGCGGCCGCGUCUAUUACUACAACACUGUGCUGCGGCAGAGCUCGUGGGAGAAGCCGGAUGAGCUCAAGACUGCGGCAGAGCUGCUGCUCUCCCAGUGUGCGUGGAAGGAGUACAAAUCUGAGAGCGGCAAAGUGUACUAUCACAACGUCAACACCAAGGAGUCGCAGUGGACCAUCCCCAAGGAGCUGGAGGAACUCAAGGCGAAGAUCUUGGCCGAGGAGCAGGAGGAGAAGACAGGGGGACCAUCUGCAGGACCACCACCAGGAGCUCCGCCCGAGGACAAGAAGCCAGGCUCAGCGCUGGACCCGUCAACCUUGAGAAUGGACAAGACAGGGCCAGGAGGAGGAGGAGGAGGAGGAGGCCCGCCGGAGGACAAAAAGGUCGGCUCAGCGCUUGACCAGGCCAUGGCGGCGACACUGGCGGCCAUCGAGGUUCCCAGCACCGCCUCGGCUGCCAAGGCUGAGGUGAAGGAGGUUCCUGAGCCCAAGCUGCUGGUCUUCAAGGACAAGAAGGAGGCGCUGGAGGCCUUCAAGGAGUUCCUCAGAGACAAGGGAGUGCCCAGCGACGCCACGUGGGACCGGGCCGUGCGGUUAAUCCAGAAUGACGUGCGGUACGAGGCCUUCAACAAGCUCAACGAAAAGAAGCAAGCAUUCAACGCCUACAAGGUCCAGCGCGCCAAGGAGGAGAAGGAGGAGCAGCGACUGCGUGCCAAGAAGGCCAAGGAGGACCUGGAGCAUUUCCUGCUGAACAAUGAGCGGAUGAGUUCUACCAUCAAGUACUACCGCUGCCACGAGAUGUUCCAGCACCUCGAGCUGUGGAAAUGCGUGCCUGAGUCUGAGAGGCGCGAGGUGUACGAGGACGUUGUGUUCAACCUAGCCAAGAAGGAGAAGGAGGAGAACAAGGCCAUGCGCAAAAGGAACAUGAAGGUACUGAGUGAGAUCCUGGACAGCAUGACCAACAUCACCUUCAAAACCACCUGGUCUGAGGCGCAGCAAAUGCUCAUCGACAACCCAACCUUUGCCGAGGACACAGACCUGCUCAGCAUGGACAAGGAAGAUGCCCUGAUAGUCUUUGCCGAGCACAUCAAGCAGCUGGAGGAGGAGGAGGAGGAGGAGAGGGAGCGCCAGAAGAAGAGGGUCAAGAGGCAGCAGCGCAAGUGUCGUGACAACUACAUCGCGCUGCUGGACGAGCUUCACGAGCAGGGCAAGCUGACCUCCAUGUCCCUCUGGGUGGAGCUGUACCCAAUGAUCUCGGCAGACAUAAGGUUCACUGCUAUGCUGGGUCAGCCGGGGUCAACGCCUCUCGACCUCUUCAAGUUCUACGUUGCCGACCUCAAGUCUCGCUUCCAUGACGAGAAGAAGAUCAUCAAGGAGAUACUGAAGGAGAAGUCGUUUGAGGUUCAGGUCAAGACAAGCUUCAAGGAAUUUGCCACGGUGGUGUGUGACGACCCGCGCUCCGCCACGCUGGACGCUGGGAACGUGAAGCUGACCUACAACGCUCUCAUUGAAAAGGCCGAGGCGAGAGAGAAGGAGCGUCUGAAGGAGGAGGCGCGGAAGAUGAAGCGUCUUGAGGCAGGGUUGCGGGCGGCUUUCAAGUCCAUCGGCGUGGACUCCGGCUCCACCUGGGAAGACGUGCGGCCGAGGGUCCAGCACCUGCCAUCCUUCACUGCCGUCACCAUCGAGGCCGAGCGCAUCAGGAUAUUCAAGGAGUACCAGCAGCACCUGGAGGAGGCGUGCGGCCACCACCACUCACGCAACAAGAAGAAGAGCAAGAAGAAGGACAGGAAGAAGUCUCGGUCGCGCUCACACUCCUACUCGUCCGACAGCGAUGAAGGCCACCACAAGCGCGCUGCAAAAUCUCGCCGCUCUCGCUCGCGCUCCCGAAGCUUCUCCGACGACUCCGAGGAGGAGAGACGACGCUCCAGGAAGAAGAAGAGCAAGAAGAAGAAGGGCAGAAGCAGAUCGCGUUCCCCCAGCAGCGAGGACUCGUAUCGGUCACGUCGCUCCUCCAAGAAGAAGAAGCACAGGUCACGCUCGAGGUCAAGGUCACAUUCGCGGGCAGGGUCGAGAGGUCAUUCCGAGGGCGACUCCGGACAGAGAUCUUCCGAGAGAGAGGCCGGUGAAGUGAGCUUGGAGGAAGGGGAGCUGAGCGAGGACGAACUGGAGAAGAAGAGGGCACAGCUGAUGAAGGAACUGGAGAACAUUAACUAAAGAAGGAGGAGGAGGAGGAAGAGGAAGAAGAGGAGGAGGAGGUGGAGCGCUGGGCAUUGAGUCUCCUAAAUUGCAGAUAUGUUUCCUGUUACACACACCAUCUCUCUGACCUGACCUGAUUUGACUCAUUCACAACAGCCUAAUGGAAGUUUGUCAUGUUAGUAUACAGUGAAGUUAAAAAGAUGAAUUGAUUUAAGAAUAAGGGAAUUGAGGGAGGGAGAAAGAGAAGGAGAAGGAGAGAGAGAGAGCCCAGCUGAUGAAGGAACUGGAGGACAUAUACUUAGGAAGAAGAAGGAGGAGGAAGAGGAAGAAGAGGAGGAGGAGGUGGUGGAGUGCUGGGCAUUGAGUCUCCUAAACUACAGAUACGUUUUCCAUUAUGGGUUUAAAAUUACAAGUAAAAUAUUUGCUCUAACCUGACGUGACCUGACCUGACCUAAGUUGACUCAUUCAGAAAGGGCUAAUAUUUUGGUAUUGACGGAGGUGUUAAUGGUAGUACAGUAAAUUAAAAGAUUAAUUGACAUACGAAUUCUUCUAAUAUUUUGUGACGAUAGACUUUGUGGAGAAUUACAAAAAACGUUCUUGAUAUACAUGACAUUUUUUUAUAAUUUAAUCAGUACAAAGCUGUCAUAUCUUGAGUGAGAGAGAGAGAGAGAGAGAGAGAGAGAGAGAGAGAGAGAGAGAGAGAGAGAGAGAGAGAGAGAGAGAGAGAGAGAGAGAGAGAGAGAGAGAGGUAUCUAUAAUAAUCUUGUGUUUUGUAUUAAUAUUUUUGAAUCCUACCCUUUGCCCGCAACCACCACUGUCUCCUACAAGUUUCAAUUACAGUUACUUGUACAAUA